AACUUAGCACAAAGCAGGGCAAUAGCACAACAAGAUGGCUUCUAAUAUCCAAACUCUGCUUGUGCUUGUUCUGGCUACAUUGGCCAUAUUUAUGAUCCCUUCCAAUGCACAACUUACUCCUAAUUUCUAUAAGAAAGUUUGUCCCCAAGCAUUGCCAAUCAUAAGGUCUGUCGUUCACCGUGAAAUCAUUCGUGAACGACGCAUUGGAGCCUCCUUGCUACGUUUGCAUUUCCAUGACUGCUUUGUUAAUGGUUGUGAUGGAUCAGUUCUGCUGGAUGAUACGCGCAACUUCACUGGCGAGAAAACAGCCCUACCCAAUCUGAAUUCAAUAAGAGGUUUGGAAGUGGUUGAUGAGAUUAAGGAAGCUGUUGACAAAGCUUGCAAACGCCCUGUGGUAUCAUGUGCUGAUAUCUUAGCUACAGCUGCUCGUGAUUCUGUGGCCAUAUUAGGUGGUCCACACCUACGGUACUCAGUAUUACUAGGCAGAAGAGACGCAAGAACCGCAAGCAAGGAUGCUGCAAACGCCAAUCUCCCUCCUCCAUUUUUCAGCUUCUCACAACUUCUCUCCAACUUCAAGUUUCACGGAUUAGACCUCAAAGACUUGGUGGCACUUUCUGGAGGCCACACAUUAGGGUUUGCAAGGUGCACUACCUUCAGAGACCGCAUCUACAACGACACCAACAUAAAUCCUACCUUUGCAGCCUCUUUGCGCAAAACAUGCCCUAGAGUUGGCGCUGACAACAACUUGGCACCGUUGGAUCCAACUCCUGCAACGGUUGACACUUCUUACUUCAAAGAAUUGCUGUGCAAAAAGGGUCUUCUUCACUCUGAUCAAGAACUCUACAAGGGAAAUGGCAGUGAAAGUGACAAGUUGGUGGAGCUUUAUAGCAGAAACCCUUUUGCAUUUGCUAGAGAUUUCAAGGCUUCUAUGAUCAAGAUGGGUAACAUGAAGCCUCUCACUGGGAACAAGGGAGAGAUCAGACGCAACUGCAGAAGGGUUAAUAAUUAAUGUUGUUGUUGUCGCAUUUUACUGGGAUGGACCACAAUAAAGAUUGAAAGAUUAAGAAAUUAAUUAAGAGUAUUAUUAUUAUUAUUAUUAUUAUUAUUAUUAUAUGUCAAGUGAAUCAAGCCAUGCAUGCCAUGUAAUGUUUUUUAACUGUAUGUGAUUGUGGUAUUAAUUUAUAUUUUCUAUUAC